AUGGUCCUGAUGAAUGAGUUGAUCAAGGUUAUUGGCCACGGUUGUGAUUUUGAAUUUCGUUCAUCAUGCGAAUUAAUUCCGAAAUAUAUCGAUAUGACGAUGAUCAAUGUAUCCAUCGAUAAGACAUAUCCGGAUUUUACUUUUCGCCAGCCGGACAAGGCACAUCUGAACGCAGAAGGAACCUCUUGCUUAGCGAUGGCUCUUGGUUAUGAAAACGAUCCUGGAUGGGUGUACUUGCGUCAAUCGCCAGAACAGCUUCUUGCGGCAACCACCAAAAAGUUCGACUCGAAGAAGAACGUCUGGGUGGCUGAUCCAGAAGAAGGUUUUGUGGCCGCUGAAAUUAAAAGUAGCAAAGGAGACAAGAUCGUCGUUGUGACAACAAAGGGGACUGAGAAAACGCUCAAAAAGGAUGAAGUGCAACAAAUGAAUCCGCCGAAGUUCGAAAAAACUGAAGAUAUGGCAAAUUUAACAUUUUUAAACGAUGCAUCAGUGCUGCACAAUUUACGCCAACGAUACUACUCGAUGAUGAUCUACACAUAUUCGGGAUUGUUUUGUGUCGUGAUCAAUCCUUACAAACGACUUCCUAUCUACACGGAAAGUGUAUGCAAAAUGUACAUUGGAAAACGUCGAGCAGAAAUGCCACCGCACUUAUUCUCAGUUUCAGAUGAAGCAUACAGGCACAUGAUCAAUGAUAAAGUGAAUCAGUCAAUGCUGAUCACUGGUGAAUCAGGAGCCGGCAAAACCGAGAAUACGAAGAAAGUGAUAUCGUACUUCGCAUCCGUUGGUGCCACUCAACAGGCUGCGAGAAUUUUGAAGCCAGGCGAUAAGAAAGAGGCCAGUAUUGAGGAUCAAAUCGUUCGUACGAAUCCCGUUCUUGAAGCAUUCGGUAACGCUAAAACGGUCCGUAACAACAACUCGUCUCGAUUCGGCAAAUUUAUCCGUAUUCAUUUCAACACGACCGGAAAAUUGGCCGGUGCAGACAUCGAACACUAUCUACUGGAAAAAUCGCGUGUCAUUAAGCAGGCAGCUGGCGAGCGCUCAUACCAUAUAUUCUAUCAAAUAAUGUCCGGACAAAUCAACGGACUCAAAGAGAAAUUGUUCCUAACUCGCGAUAUUCGCAGCUAUCAUUUUGUUUCGCAAGCCGAGAUCACAAUCGAUGGAAUUGACGAUAAAGAGGAAAUGCAGAUCACGGAUGAGUCAUUCGAUAUUAUGCGCUUCAGUGAGGAAGAGAAAACAGAUCUGUUCAAGUUGGUCGCCGGUAUAAUGCAUAUGGGUGAAAUGAAAUUCAAGCAAAGACCUCGAGAAGAACAAGCCGAAUGCGAAGACAAAUCCGAAGGUGAUUUGGCCUGUAAACUUUGGUGCGUGGACCCAGAUAAAUUUAUCGGUUCGCUUUUGAAGCCGCAUGUAAAAGUUGGUACCGAAUGGGUGAAUAAAGGACAAAAUCUUGAGCAGGUGAACUGGGCUGUAGGUGCACUGGCAAAGGCAUUGUUCGCGCGAAUGUUCACAUGGUUGAUCAAACGAUGCAACAAAACACUGGACGCUCAAGCUUUGAGUCGAGAUUUCUUCAUUGGAGUUCUCGAUAUCGCUGGAUUUGAAAUAUUUGACUUGAAUUCAUUCGAGCAACUGUGGAUUAAUUUUGUGAACGAGAAACUUCAACAAUUCUUCAACCAUCACAUGUUUGUGCUGGAACAAGAAGAAUAUCAACGUGAAGGAAUUAAAUGGGAAUUCAUUGAUUUCGGUCUCGAUUUACAAGCUUGCAUUGAGCUGAUUGAAAAGCCUUUAGGCAUAAUUUCAAUGCUUGAUGAAGAGUGCAUUGUACCAAAAGCAAGCGAUUUGACUUUGGCGCAGAAGUUGAACGAUCAACAUCUCGGAAAACAUACCAAUUUCCAGAAGCCGAGACCACCGAAAGGAAAACAAGCAGAGGCGCACUUAGCUAUUGUUCAUUAUGCGGGCACAGUGCGUUACAAUGUCCUCGGAUGGUUGGAAAAAAACAAGGAUCCUCUGAACGAUACGGCCGUUGAAGUGUUGAAAUCAAACGGUGGCAUGACGUUGAUGUCAGCAAUUUGGGAAGACUACAAAACCCAAGAGGAUAUCGCUAAACUCACCAAGGCAGGCAAGACGAUGGGCAAAAAGAAAGGUAAAUCAGCGUCGUUCAUGACCGUAUCGAUGAUGUAUCGUGAAUCACUAAACAAACUCAUGACAAUGCUCUAUCAGACGCAUCCUCAUUUUAUUCGAUGUAUCAUUCCGAAUGAACAGAAAAAAUCAGGACUGAUAGAGGCUAACCUCGUGUUGAAUCAAUUGACUUGCAAUGGCGUACUUGAAGGAAUUCGUAUAUGUCGAAAAGGUUUCCCGAAUCGAAUGCUAUACGUCGAUUUCAAGCAACGAUAUGCGGUUAUCGCAGCUGAUGAGGCGAAAAGCGGCAAGGAUGUGAAAGAGUCGAGUGAGAAGAUUCUCGAGAAGCUUCUCCAAGUUAACGCACUCAAACCAGAGGAAUUCCAAACUGGUCACCAGAAGGUGUUUUUCAAAGCGGGUGUACUGGCACAUUUGGAGGAGAUGCGCGAUGAGGCGCUCUCGCAUAUUAUCACGAAAUUCCAGAGUGCUUGCAGACACUAUUACGCACAAUAUGACCUGAGACAACGAAUUCAAUCUAGGGCUGGUCUAAUCAUCGUUCAACGCAAUGUUCGUAAGUGGUGUGCACUUCGUAACUGGAGUUGGUUCAAGCUUUACGGACGCGUUAAGCCGCUGAUUGCCGGAAGUAAAAAGGAUGAGGAAUUCGAAGCACUCGAGAAAAAAUGCAAGGAGUUGGAAGAGAAGUUGAAGCGUGAAGAGAAGGUACGAAAAAGCACGGAGGAUGAGCUGACCAAAGUAAAAACUGAAAAACAGGAAUUGUUCGUUCAACUGGAACAAGAACGUGACAACAAUGCGGAAAGUGAGGAGCGUGCAGCGAAACUCCUUGCUGUUAAAUCAGAUGUCGAGAAACAGGUGACCGAUCUCAGUGAUCAAUUGGCCGAGCAAGAGGAUAGAAAUGAAGCGCUACAGAAGGCGAGAAAGAAAGUGGAAUCUGAAAAUGAGAAUUUCAAGAGAAUUAUCGCUGAACUUGAGAAUACAAUUAAGAAGCAGGAAACGGAAAAACAGAGCAAAGAUCAUCAAAUUCGUGCGCUACAGGUGUGUGGAAAUUUUCAUUCGCUCACAUUCACUUGUUCAUCGAAUUGUGGUGGAGUAUCGAGGUUGAUUAGGGAAUUCAUUUACGUGGAAGAAGGGAAUUGUGGACGUUAUCUGGAAGAAGAGGUUUAUGGAUGUGAAAGGAUCAUCAGAGAUAGACGUCUAAUUCAGCAAGUAAUGCCAUGCUUAUUGCAGGACGAGAUGGCCUCCCAAGAUGAGCUGCUUGCUAGAACGAAUAAGGAAAAGAAGCAUCAAGAAGAGGUGAAUCGCAAGCUGAUGGAAGACAUCCAAACAGAAGAAGAUAAGUUAAAUCAUAUGAACAAGGUUCGUUCGAAACUGGAACAAUCCAUGGACGAAGUCGAAGACGCACUUGAACGCGAGAAACGUAGCAAGGCAGAUUUGGAGAAGGCGAAACGGAAACUUGAAGGUGAACUGAAAGUGGCACAGGAGAAUGUCGAUGAACUGAUCAGACAAAAACACGAAUCUGAGAACGCUCUGAAGAAGAAGGACGCCGAAAUGGUUUCGUUGAGCAGUCAUCUUGAAGAUGAACAAUCGCUAGUCGCUAAACUUCAACGUCAGAUCAAAGAAGUACUUGCACGAGUUCAAGAACUCGAAGAAGAGCUUGAGGCUGAACGUCAAGCGCGAUCAAAGGCGGAGAAGAUGCGAAGCGAGAUGCAAAAUGAACUUGAGGAGCUUGGUGAUCGUUUGGAUGAGGCCGGAGGUGCUACCCAAGCACAAAUGGAGCUGAAUAAGAAGCGAGAAGCUGAGCUCAUCAAGCUGAGACGUGACAUUGAAGAGACGGCAUUGAGCUCAGAAAAUGCGAUGGCAGCUUUACGCAAGAAACACAAUGAUGCCGUCGCGGAAUUAUCCGAUCAGCUGGAUACUGUUCAGAAAGCUCGUGCGAAAGUUGAAAAGGAAAAAUGCCUACAACAGCGUGAGCUUGAAGACAUGCAUGCCCAGCUGGAUGCUGAAUAUAAGCAACGACAAAACAUUGAGCGGCUCGCAAAGCAGUUGGAGGCUCAGUUAACUGAAGUACAGUUGAAAGGUGACGAACAAGCACGCCAACUGCAGGAACUCAUUGCGAAUAAGAACAAAGUGACCACCGAAAAUAACGAUUUGAACAGGCAAGUAGAAGAUGCUGAAAAUCAGGUGGCCGCGCUGAAUCGCGUCAAACAACAGCUAUCUUCUCAAAUUGAGGAGUUGAGACGCCAACUGGAACAAGAAACGCGUGAACGACAAACUCUCGCCGCUCAGAAUGCAAACUUCCAACUGGAAUGCCAGCAAUUGCGUGAGACCAUCGAAGAGGAGCAGGACUCGAAAUCUGAGCUGCAGCGACUGAUUUCAAAGGCAAACGCUGAAGCACAACAAUGGCGUACACGUUUCGAGGGUGAAGGCAUGGCGAGAGCCGAGGAAUUGGAAGAUGCAAGACGUAAGCUUCAAGCGAAACUUCAAGAGUUGCAAGAGCAACUAGAAAAUGCAAAUUCAAAGAUCAGCUCACUGGAGAAAAGUCGUCAGCAUCUUUCACAAGAACUUGAAGAUGCCCAGAUAGAUGCAGACCGGGCAAACAGCUUGGCGAAUGCAAUGGACAAGAAGCAAAAAGGUUUCGAUAAAAUAGUGGAUGAAUGGAAGCACAAAUGCGAUUUACUUGUUCAGGAGUUGGAAUCCAGUCAAAGAGAUGCUCGUAGUGCAUCCACUGAAGUUUUCCGACUACGUAGCAAUCUGGAUGAGUCGGCUGAACAGAUCGAAGCAAUCCGUCGCGAGAACAAGGCUUUGUCGCAAGAACUGAAAGACCUGACUGAUCAGUUGAGUGAGGGUGGGAAAAAUGUUCACGAAUUGCAAAAAAGUCGCAGACGUUUGGAAAUGGAAAAAGAUGAACUGCAGCAAGCGUUGGAUGAUGCAGAAGCAGCACUAGAAGCCGAAGAGAGUAAAGUUUUACGUUCACAGGUGGAAAUUUCGCAGAUUCGUUCCGAAAUCGACAAACGUAUCAACGAGAAAGAGGAGGAGUUCGAAAACACACGAAAAAAUCAUCAACGUGCGUUGGAAAGCAUGCAGGCCAGUUUGGAGACCGAAACUCGCGGCCGUACGGAACUGUUGCGAAUGAAGAAAAAGCUGGAGUCCGAUAUCAACGACCUUGAGGUAGCUCUGGAUCAUGCGAACAAAGCGAAUGUGGAUGCACAGAAGAACAUCAAGAAGUAUCAAGACAACAUUCGUGAACUGCAGACUCAAAUAGAGGAUGAGCAGCAUCAACGUGACGAAAUUCGCGAGCAAGUUAACGUCACUGAACGUCGUUCACAGAUUCUUCAGUCUGAAAAAGAAGAUCUCGCUGUUCAGCUAGAGCAGGUACGCAUCGAAACAAUUGAUAAUGUUUCCUAUUGCGAGUUGAACUUACGCAUCUUUCAUUUGUUCAAACUUUUUGGUUAUUUUAUAACUUUUGCGCACAUUCAACAGUCUCAAAGCCAAGUCUAG